GAGCGAGAGGGAGAGAGAGAAGCCAGACAGACGUCACCCUUAGUGCUGGGUAGUGCCGUCUUCCAUUCAUUGUAAAAGGAGGCAGCAGGGAGGACAAAAGCAUCACCGAGGCUCUAGAAAAGACUCAGGCUCUUGUGUUUAAACGCCACAUUUCAGUCAAGAACAAUGGCUGAAGGUUCGAUGGAUAUGGCUGAGCUGGAGAGCUCAUUUAAAAAGUUUGCUAUCCAUGGUGAUACUAAGGCUACUGGGCAGGAAAUGACUGGCAAGAACUUUGUCAAGCUGUGCAAGGACUGUCGUGUUAUCGACGGCAAAGGUGUCACCAGCACUGAUGUGGACAUCAUCUUCACCAAAGUCAAGUCCAAGUCAGCUCGGGUGAUCACCUAUGAGCAGUUUAAGCAGGCGUUGAAAGAGCUGGCAUCCAAGCGCUUCAAGGGGAAGCCAGAGGAAGAAGCUCUGCAAGAAGUCUACAAGCUCAUCGCCGGCAAAGAGCCAGCCAACAUUGGAGUAACGAAGCCAGCAAAGGCAGGUGCCGUGGAUCGACUGACAGAUACAGCAAAAUACACAGGGUCUCACAAGGAGCGCUUCAAUGAGGAGGGAAAAGGACGCGGCAAGGUUGGGAGAGAAGAUUUUGUUGACAGCAGUGGCUAUGUGGGAGCUUACAAAGGAGCCGGUACUUAUUAUGAAAAAGUCAAGCCAGACCAGUGAGAUGGCAAGUGAAGAAAAAAUGGAUUACUGCCAUAAAGUAGAGACAUGAAUUCAUUGUAAUGCAUUAUUUAACCUCUAAAGAAACAGCUCUCCCUUACUUUGUAAGUCAUACUCAAGCUGCUUUGUUCUCUAGCAUUAAAAGGCAUGAAGAACGCUCAGCAGAGCCCAUGAAUUUUCUUCUCAGUUUAGUAUAUAUGCAACAGCUGAUGAUCUCACACUGAAUCUGGUUAUUUAGGGAAGCCAUCAAGAACAAUGUGACAGUUUCUUGCUAUUUGCUUUCUCAGCCUUAACUGUUGUAUUAGGUGGUCUUUGAACUGCUUUUUAUAAUUGCAUGUGCUGACUAAUAUGAAGGUGUUGGCUUUAUAUAGUGAGUGUACAGAGACUUAAUAUGGCUUGCUGUUUCUCUUUAUAUUAACCUGCCAAGCUUACCUCUAAUUUAAGCUCAUCUCUGUUUUCACCAGUCUGCAGCCAAGGCUCUCUACAGCAUGUGAAUGUGCUCAGGAAAAUAAUAAACAUAUUCAGCUUGUGAAUAAACUAGAUGCACUGUGAAAAGCAAAAAAAA